GAAAUCUUCAUAACUAUGACGGUCACGUCAGCUCCUCCUCCUCUUCCUCCUCAGCCUCUUCUUAAACUUCAGUGUCUCUGGUCGUCACAGUCCAACCCUGCUCACUCUCAGCUGGACAGAGACACAGUCACACACACUGACAUCAUGCUGGGGACCCUCUGUGCUCUCAUCACUGCUCUCACAUAUGUCGAUGCAGCGAAGGUUCUGACCCAGACGCCUCCUGUCCACACAGCGUCUGUAGGACAACAAGUUGUUCUACACUGUAACAUUCAGAGAGAUGAUAAUAAUAAAGUCCGUUGGUACAAACAGGUUCCUGGUAAAACUCCUCAGUACAUUCUGAGAUUUCACCACUCUGACAGUUCUCCAACCUUUGGAUCAGGAUUCUCCUCAGACAGAUUUGACUCUAAAGCUUCAUCAGACAUAAAUUACCAGCUCAUCAUUAAACAAGCAGAGACAGGAGAAACUGCUCAGUAUUUCUGUCAUACAUGGGACACCUCUGCUAAUGAGCACGUAUUCGGACCAGGAACCGAGCUGACUGUGACAAGCUCCAGUGCUCCUGCUCCUGUCCUCACAGUCUUCCCUCCGUCCAGUGCUGAGCUCCAGUCCAACAAAGCCUCUGUGGUCUGUCUGUCCAGUCAGUCUGUGCCGUUUGCACAUGUGACCUGGUCGGCUGCUGGGAGUCCAGUGAGCAGUGGGGUCUCUACCAGCACCGCUGUUCAGCAACCAGACCAGAGCUUUCACAUCAGCAGCCGUCUGGACGUGCAGACGUCCGACUGGAACCUCAACAAGGUUUACACAUGUAAAGUGUCUGUGGGCUCCCAGACUUCAGAGAAGACCAUCAGCAGGUCACACUGUCCCACUGGAGACGAGUAGCAGAACAACGCCUGAACAAAGCUGCUGCUUCACUCUGUGUGUGUUUGCUGCUCACAGGCGUCCCAACAGAUCAUAUAGUUGUUGUAUUGGCGCUGUAAUUAUGUUUCCUGAUUGAUUUAACUAAAUAAAUUCAUUUUUAUUCACUGCA